AUGUCCAGCUCAGACUACCGGUGGGAGGAAGUCAGUCCUGGGCGCUGGGAAAGGGACAUCGAUGAGGUGGAACAGUUCUACACCUCUCUGGCAAAGGCGUAUGAAGGCUCCGGACGAACCUACUUCGCCAUCACCGGCUUCAUCUCGUUUUCGGUCGAGACCAAGGACGGUGUUUCUGCACAGGAUACAGCAGGCAGGGUUGAAGAUGCGCUACGCAAAGCAUGGAUUCAUUUACGGUACGACCAUCCCACCAUCGGGUCACGGGUGGAAUGGAAUCCCGGGCAACAGCGGUGCAAGAAGAUAUAUGAGACGCUAUCGGGUCCUCGUGUGAAUGCGUGGCUGCAAUCCACCUUUCAGAUCGUUCCUAAUACUACCUCCGGACUGGAAUGGUGUAAUUCCGAUCCGCCAGUACCAAAGCUGCCGACUCUCUUUCUGAUCUGGGGUCCGGCAGCAGACGGACGCAUCGAGGGAGACCUUGUUCUGCGAUCACCCCACGACAUCAUCGACGGAGUCGGAGCGCUGAUGCUUUUCGACAACCUAUUUACACACGCCGCGAGCGCAUACAAGCAAGGACCGGAAUACGUCCUCCCCCAAUUCGGGCCAGAGUUCGCCAACCUGAGCCCCCCGUUUCGUGUUGCAGCUGGUCUCCGGCCAAGCAUGCCUGCAGAUCAGAGAGAGCGGUUCGAGACAAUGAUGGCGUAUAACGCGUUCAUGAAACAGGACCGCAUUGAGAUAGCUACCAUGCCGUAUAAGAAAGGGGAACAGCUACCGGGAAAACACCAGCGAGUCGCCCUGACUCUCUCGACUGACCAGACGACAAAGCUCCUAGCCGCCUGCCGACGCACAGGUCUGAGCGUCACGCAUGCAUAUCAUGCCGCGAUAGCGCUGGCCGUGCGUGAUCUCCAAGAACGACGCGAACAGGAACGCCUGGUCCGAUAUAUCAAUUAUUCCUUGAUUAACGAGCGUGCGCAUUGCUUGCCGCCGUACGACACCCGUCUCCAUGCCGCAGCGGUUUACCACUCCGUGUCCUGCAAGUCGCUCGUCAUUGAUACCAAGGUCCCGAGCAUACUGGCCAGCCCAGCCGACCCGAACCCAAAUAGGGAGGAGUACGGGAAGAUUGCUAAGACUGUCAAGGACUUCUACCUGGAGAUCCGGAAUGACUACGACCACAUCCAGAUGAUUCCGGCCUGGUUCGCUAACAAUACCAUCCCCUACCCGCAGGGUGACGGCGCCCCCCCUGUCCCAGAGCCGAACCACAGUCCCUCCGUCUCAAUAUCUAGCUUGGGAGUAGUGGAUAAAGUCAUUAGUCCAUCGCAGGGGGCGUUCGAGCUGGAGAAUCCUUGGGUCACUGGGGAGGAGUUAGGAACCGGCCUUGGAUUGUUCCUGGGAACCUGGAAGGGACAGCUGACCUCGAGCGCGGCGUAUAACGAUGCGUGGCAUGACAGGGAUGAGGUGAUGGAGUUUAUACAACGAUGUAAUAGCAUCAUGAUGCAGGGGCUUGGGGUACUCUGA